CCUUACAUUGACUGACAGGUUGUUGUGUGAAACCCCACCAUCCUUUCACAGUGACCUUCCCCUGCUUUUUUAUCUCAUCCUCUCCAUCUUUCUCUCUUUUUCUUUGUCCUAUCUUCUCCUGACACUAUCUCUGUCUAAAGGCGUUCCAGUCAACAGUCGAGUGUCCUCUAAGAUUCAGCAGCUCCUAAACACUCUGAAAAGGCCAAAGAGACCCCCUUUACGAGAGUUCUUUGUUGAUGAUUUUGAGGAACUUUUGGACGUCCAGCAUCCAGAUCCAAACCAGCCGAAGCCUGAGGGGGGUGAGAUGAGACCCCUGAAUGGGGAGCCGCUGGGGGUGGUCACUAACUGGCCUCCGUCAUUACUGGCCUCUUUACAGCGCUGGGGCACCACACAACCUAAAAGCCCCUGCCUCACCGCACUGGACAACGCCGGCAAACCCAUCUACACACUAACAUAUGGUACAGUGGAACCUCCCAUUGAAUUAAAUGCAACAAUUUACAUGUAUACUCCUGUUUCCUGA